AAUAUGUUCUGUGGUGUUGUGUGGCUAAAAUCUAAAUCGUGGGUAUGCCCAUUUUCAGGCUUCUUUUCUUUCUUUCGAUUUUCUUGUAAAAUCUAUGCUAUCCAAGUUUUUUUUGGUGUAUUUUUAUUGUAUAAAAGAAUUUUGUGAUCUGUCAAACCAAUUCGAAAAUCAAUUUAUUCUGUAAUGCGAUCGGUAUUUAGAAGGUAGUUAUCACUGUCUUUGUAUCAUGGAAGUGAGAUGCAGGCGUUGCUGCAAAUCUCUUUUCAAGGGUGACUCUGUCUUGUUUAAUGCGCAUCAUGAAGUAAAGCAGCGGGAAACAGAUGUAGGAUGCCAAGCAGAUGAGUCCGAUUGUUGUUCAUACUUGACUCCGGAGAAUGCACCAGAUUGGAUUAUGAAUGCUAUCAAUCAAGAAUCUUGGACCAAAGGAAAAUUACAUUGUCCACACUGCAACAGUCGCUUAGGAUUUUUCAACUUUGUGAAUGAGAUGAAAUGUUGCUGCGACAAAUAUGUGAGGCCUCCUAUAAGAAUAGUUAACUCUAAAAUAGAUAUUAUGUGAAAGUUAAAGACAAUAAGUAAAAACAGAACUGUGUAUACGUGUUGCCUGUGUUUUAUGUAAAUGAUCUUGUGUGAUACAUUUUUAUAGAAAUUAUAUUUCUAUUAUUAUAGAAGUAAUAAUAAAUGAUAACUAAUAAAAAUAA